ACUUCUUUAUUAGUUUAUAUGUAUUUUCCAACGAAAUGACGUUGUUAUAUUAGUUAAAUUACCGUGUGGUACACAAUUCACUCAAACGUGUCCCAUUUAACCCAUGAUGGUGCACCUACCCCACUACGUUUGAAUCCCGCGCCGUGCUUACUCAUUGGCCCGUCCCAAAACAGCUGUCACUGUUGGUGUUCUUUAAUGUCAACAAAGGGCCUUCACGAACGACGUAGAAAAUCGCCCGUUUUUCGAUAAAGUGUUUAAUUCCAGUGGUGCGAGAUGGGAGCAGUCCUGGGCCUGUGUUCGGCCCUCCCGCUAGCAUGUUGCUGCGGAAGCACCGCUUGCUCUUUGUGCUGUUCAGCAUGCCCUUCGUGUCGCAAUUCGACGUCAUCCAGGGUCAUGUACGCCCUUAUGCUGUUGGUAGGGACGAUAGCGGCAUGCAUUAUGUUGUCUCCGGGGCUGCAGGAUGUGCUCCGGAAGGUGCCGUUUUGCACCAACAGCAGCAGCAAUUAUUUGCCGCAAUCGGUCUCGAUUAAUUGCGACCACGCCGUGGGUUAUUUGGCCGUUUAUAGGAUAUGUUUUAUUUUGACUUGUUUCUUUGUUCUGAUGGCGCUGAUGAUGAUUGGGGUGAAGACGUCGCGGGAUCCCAGAGCUGGGAUUCAGAAUGGUUUUUGGGGACUUAAGUAUCUUCUGGUGAUUGGUGGCAUUAUUGGGGCGUUUUUCAUUCCUGAGGGGUCAUUUGGGGAGACUUGGAUGUACUUUGGGAUGAUUGGAGGCUUUCUGUUUAUAUUAAUCCAGCUGAUUUUGAUUGUUGAUUUUGCCCAUUCAUGGGCGGAGGCUUGGGUGGGUAAUUUUGAGGAAACGGAAUCCAAAGGAUGGUAUUUUGCGUUACUGGCAGCCACGUUCCUCAAUUUUGCACUAACCAUCACCGGCAUAGUCUUACUUUUUGUAUUUUUCACAAAGUCCAGCGGUUGCGAUUUACACAAAUUCUUCAUCUCGUUUAAUUUAAUCUUGGCCGUUAUUAUUAGUGCGGUGUCGAUUUUACCAGCUGUACAAGAAAAAUUACCAAGGUCGGGACUUCUGCAGUCGUCCGUUGUGUCCUUGUACGUUACUUACUUGACAUGGUCUGCAGUUUCUAAUUCCCCAGAUUCGGAAUGCAACCCAGGCCUUCUGGGUAUCGUGGGUGCCGGCAGCACCACCAAAAACCACCAGAUGGGUUUCGAUUCUGAGGGAAUAGUGGGACUUAUUGUUUGGAUGUGCUGCGUCUUGUACUCAUCCCUGCGGUCCGCUAGUCAGUCGUCGAAAAUCACCAUGUCAGAAAACAUGCUAGUCAAGGAUAACGGGGCCGUAAGGAGCGGCGGAUCGGAUCACCUUGUUGAAAACGAAGGCUAUAUCCCUAUCACAGGUAAAGAUGACGGCGACACUGCCGAACGGGGCGAGAAGAAGGUCUGGGAUAACGAGGAAGACACAGUUGCGUAUUCGUGGAGUUUCUUCCACUUGAUGUUUGCCUUAGCCACGUUGUACGUGAUGAUGACGCUGACCAACUGGUACAAGCCGGACUCGAGCUUGAACAAUAAGGCGAAUUCGGCGUCGAUGUGGAUCAAAGUCAUCUCGAGCUGGCUCUGCUUGGCGUUGUAUGGGUGGACGCUGGUCGCACCGAUUGUGUUGCCGGAUCGCGAGUUUAAUUAAUUUAUCCGUUUCAGUCUGAGAUGAUUAGAUGUGUGAUAUUUUGUUGUUGCUAUAAAUUCGUCUAUCUUUUAUUGUGUGUCGUUUCUUGUUUGAUUUUAGGAAGCACUGUGAAUUUCGGCUUGGAGGUUAUGAGCUGCGAAUUUUACUAUCGUGUAUUCUUCCCUUAUUCUAAUGUUGUGAUCAAGUUAGAUACAAUUUUGUAUUACAUGCAAAUAAGUAGAUGUAGGUGUUACAGUUCUUUGUAUAUUAUUUUUAAAAAUGACUAGAUUUUUACGGAGGUACAUUACAUAUUCAUAUAAUUAUUGGUAACUAAUAAAGUUUCGAAACACGUA